GGCCAGAACGCAGUUAGACGUUGUAGCGCGUGGUUGUGCCAAACGGAAGACAACGCCAGUCAACAGCAAAAUCAAAUAAAAGACAACAACCAAUAAUAACAGCAACAACAACAAGAACGACUAGAACUAGAACAGCAGCCAGGCGAACGAGAAAAUUCUGGGCCAUUCCAUGUGAAGCAGCGCACGGAGCAGCAAGGAGCGCUCAAAUUCAAUCACUUGGGGGCAGCAUGGAUGAGGAGCACGACGACGAUCGAAUAAUAUGAGAUUAGAUGGGGCUUUAGAGCCCCGUCACGGUGCUGCCACGUUGCAGAGCCGCUUUAUUGGUGUUGCCAAGUAUCGGCGCGAGACGCGCGUAAAAUGUGAGCUACAGCAACAGCAAUGCGCUGACGAAGACGACGAAGCAGCAGCAGCAGAUAGCAGCAACAGCAGCAACAGCGCAACAGCUAAGCACGUUAACAACAACUACAGCAGUAACAACAAUCAGAGCAACAACAACAACAACAACAGCAACAGUUGUCGCUGGGAGCAACAAGCUCAACACUUGUCGCCCACCCAGGCGCCAAGCACAACAACAACAGCAACAACAACAAAGCAAGUCAACUUGCACUUAAGCAACUUGGGCGCGACAGCAGCAACGGCAGGAGUAGCAGGAGCAGCAGGAGCAGCAUUACUAACCACUGCCGCCACCCUAAAAAUGCGUGUGGAGCACUCGUUAAUGCUAAUGGCGCCUUGGAUCGGUGGCGGCCAGCGCAUGGUUAGGAUGGGGUGCCACAGCGCAAACAACGUCCUGCGCCUGAUUUCCGUUUUGGCGCUGCUGUUGCUGCCGCCAUUGCCGCUGGCGCUGGCCGAUGACGGUGACAAUUUCUUUGCCGUUAAUAGCUUCAGCGUGGGACCCGAGACGACAACGCCCGAGUUUGAUUAUGCCAGCCGUGGCCAGAAAAAGUUUGGUGACAAGUGCGAGAAUACAUUGGAAUGCGGUUUUCCCGGCUCCAUAUGCGAUCCCAAGAAGAAGUCCUGCCAGUGCACCGAGGAUCUGCAGGUCACCAAUCACAUUGACAAAUGUGGCAAGGCGGCUGCCAUCAACGAGUCCUGUUUCUUCAACGAGCAAUGCGAGGCGAUUUACUUUCAGACGGAGUGCCGUGAUGGACGCUGCAUAUGCCGCUUCGAGAUGUUGCCCAUCUGGGGCAAGGAUGGCUCCGUUGAGUGCAAAGGACGGCAGGACAAGCGAGGACCCGAGACAUACAUUGAUCCGGCCAUGAUUGGCGUGCUGGUAGGAAUGGCAUUGAUGUUUAUUAUUAUUUGUGUCGUCCUGCGAUUAUUUAGCCAGGCGCGCUGGCAUGAGAACCGGACCAUAUUCAAUACGCCGAAUCCGCGCCUGAUGAACGUCUCCCUGCUGCGGGACAACAAGCUGCUCCAUGGCCAGGACAGGCGGGGCUCUCGCAUGUCGGUGCGCGCUCCAUCCCGGCAGCCGAGCAUGGCCUCGUUGCGCCCGCACUCGCCCAACCCGUCGCUAGGCUCCCAUUCGGAAUCUCAUGGCAGCGCCAGCAAUGCGUCAGCCGUUUCGGUACGUUCGAACCGCAGCAAUUCGGUGGCGCCCGGCAAAGUGUCCGGCGGCGGACAUCAUGAGCGGCACGGCUCCUCGCAUCGCCAGCAUCACUCGCAGCUGCAGUCACCUCAGGAGGAGUCGCUGAUAACGAACAUAACCACAAAUCCAGUGGCCGAGAGCGUGACCGUUGAAAUUAUUGAGCCCGGACAUAAGUAAUGCAGUAAAUGCUAGAUAUAUAUAUAUAUUAUGACAAAAGCAUAUAUAUAUGUAUUUAUAAAAUUAU